AUGCUUGGUCUUGGUGCAUACGAGAGCAGCAGUGAAGAUGAGGUAGAGCUUGAUGGACCUUCAUCUCAACCCCAGCAUACCAAGGAGCCUUCAGUUAGAACAGCGCGAGCAGACCAGGGUAAGCUUGUUGCGACCAAGUCCACAUAUCUGGCAUUGACACUCACUUCAUUUCGAGGUCCAGUCGAGUCACCGUAUGAGAAGCCAAUGCCAAAUAUUUCCACCAAUACUACAAAAUUGGCCCCAGAUGGGCCUGUUCUUGGCCCUGAGUCAAUUGACAGGGCACCCGAUUUGGGGAGCGCGCACAUAACAACUGGACGCUCGUCUCCCUUUCUGGCUUCAAGGGCACUCAUUCAGGACCUCACACUUCCUCCGGUUCCCAAUCUAGACAUACCACCGUCACCCCCUGGAUCUCCCGAUGCAGCCGCAAAUGCGAAAUUCGAGCAUUUCCUCUCGCUCAAGAAGCAGGGUGUGCACUUCAACUCGAAACUUGCCAGCUCCUCAUCACUCAAGAACCCUAGCCUGCUGAUGAAGAUGAUGAAUCAUGCUGGGAUCAAUGAGCAAUCGCAGUAUGUCACUUCGCUGCCGGUUGACUUGUGGGAUCCUUCCAGUCUACCAAGAUGGGGAUUCAAGGAAGAAAUUUUGAGUAUCCAACAAGAGUUUCGUCAAAAGAUGGAAGAGAAAAAAUCAUCGGGCCAACGAAGCUCUAUAGAUUUUGUCUCUGGCUCUGCGCAAGGGCCUGGUCGCAAAGAAGGUCAAUUGGGCUCAAAUCCGGUUUAA